CGCCUCCGUCGGGCGGGAGGAAGAGGCCGCGAGGGCCGGCGCGGUGAUGUCCAGGACCUCGAAGGCAGUGCUGGGCCUCUCGGUGCUGCUGACGGCGGCCACAGUGGUCGGUGUGCACCUGAAGCAGCGGCAGGACCAGCAGAGGCUUCGUGAGGGAGUGAUCAGAGACAUUGAGAGGCAAAACCGGAAAAAAGAAAACAUUCGUCUUUUGGAAGAGCAGAUUAUUUUGACUGGGCAACUAGAAGCAGAAAGAGAGAAGAUGUUAUUGGCAAAAGGUUCUCAAGAAACAUGACUUGAAUGUGGAGGAUCAGUGGGACAAACAACACUGGGUGUGUGUGUUGAUGGAGAAUAGCUUAGUGAUGUCCUAAUCUUUUUUAUGUCAUUGUCCUUUAAAAUGAUCAAAUAAAGGACAGUUGAUGAUACAUUCUAAAGUAUGAUCUUUUUAUGUCCCUGACAUCUGAAUAAAGAUGUGUGGGCAGAUGCUCUUCUGAGGAGCUUCUGUCUGUGAGAGCCUGGUAGAAGCCCCUUUAAGUUUAGUGUCCAGAGCGAAUUAGGAUUUUUGAAAAGCACUUCUGAACCUGUGAGAAGGCAGGGAUGGAGAGUAACAUCCACCUGAGUAGUUUGAUAAGUCGACAUGACGAUGAAGCCACGAGAACAUCUACCUCGGAAGGGCUGGAGGAGGGUGAAGUGGAGGGAGAGACGCUCCUGAUUGUUGAAUCGGAGGAUCAGGCAUCAGUGGACUUAUCUCAUGACCAGAGUGGGGAUUCCCUGAACAGCGAUGAAGGAGAUGUGUCGUGGAUGGAGGACCAGCUGUCUUACUUCUGUGACAAGUGCCAAAAAUGGAUACCAACCAGUCAGCUGAGGGAACAGCUCAGUUACCUUAAGGGUGAUAAUUUUUUUAGAUUUACUUGUUCUGAUUGCUCAGCAGAUGGCAAGGAACAGUAUGAAAGGCUGAAGCUCACGUGGCAACAAGUGAGUAAAAUGCCCUCCCUGGGAUUCAGGAGGGGGGUCCUCCAAAGGAUUUGUUGGGAUGACUAUCUAGAGUGAGAAACU